AUGGAGUUUCCAGAAGAUGGUCCGCUACCAUUUUUUCGUCAGGAAAUGUAUAUGGUCAUAUUGCAGUCGGUGUUCUACGGCGGGGUGUUCCUCACCGGCUUCCUCGGAAACGUCUUCGUAGUGUUGGCCGUAGUUUCACAGUCUCAACUACGAAGUACUACUGAUUACCUCAUCUCUUCUCUGGCUAUGGCCGAUUUGCUCAUUAUUAUUUUUUGCCUUCCGACCACAUUGCUCAAUAAUAUUUUAACAGAAUGGCAACUGGGUGCAUUAUUUUGCAAAAUGUCGACAUGGAUAAAUUCGACCACAUCGUGCGCUUCCAUCUACACACUUGUGGCGGUGACUGCGGAUCGUUAUUUAGCGAUUUGUCAUACUUUAAAAUACACACUGUGGGAAGCUGGAUAUACUUUGUAUGUUAUAGCAGGAAUAUGGAUCGUUAGCGGUUCUCUCGCUAUUCCGAAUUUAUAUGGUUAUGAUGCGAUUUAUUUCGAAUACGGGAAUUUGACACUUUGCGUUUGUGCAUCACGAACCGAUGAGAAACCGCAAUUUGUCGUGGUGAACCUCAUCCUGGCGUUCAUCGUACCGUUCAUGCUCAUUUCAGUUUCAUAUACAAGAAUAUUUUAUACAGUAUCAAAUCAUCGCAGUCUUGCUGUAGACGCUCAUAUCCGCGAUGAACGUACGAAACUUCGUGUUGCGACUAUGAUGCUCACCGUGAUCGUUGUUUUUGCGCUUUGUUGGUUACCGUUGUACGGUAUCUACACCUAUUUUUUCUUCUUUGCUGACACCACCUCAUAUGUAUUCGAAUUAGCAUCUCAGGUCCUUCGUCCGUUUUUCCAGUGGUUAUCCUUAUUAAGUAGCUCACUGAAUCCGUUGAUAUACAUUGCAUAUAGUCAGAAAUAUCGUCGAGCAUUCCAUAAAAUUCUGCUGCUACCUUGUAGAUCAAAAUACGAAAGGGUGCGUGGGACCCUUUUGCGAAGCAACGACACACAGGCUUCGGAAGGUAGUCAGAUCAAAAAGAACUCGACAGCAUUCCGAGGGAGUCGAGUGUUACGUUCGACGACAACGGUACCAACAAAUAUUGACGGUGCAAUUUCCCCAAUGAUCACAAUGCUGGACAGUCCUCGAUCGGAGAGGAGGAGUAACAGCACCACAUGCUAA